CGAAUUUCCGAUGAUGCUGAUUUAUAGUUGGCGUCGAGCUCCUGUGGAAUUUUCCUACUUCCCUCUUCAACUCGCCACCCAUUUCUUCGAAUAUCUCAUUUGAUUUUUGGGCCUGAUUUACGAUGGUAAAUGUAGCAUCAUCGGCUUUGAGGCAGGCUUCGCGCCUCGGCCUCAAACAAUCACUAUCAUCUACAUCUACGCGUACAAGCCCCGCGCUAUCGAGAGUCGCAUCAGCAGCAGCAACUCGAGCCUCGAGGAGAGGCUAUGUGUCGCAAACGAAACGGGACAAUGCGCAGGUCAAUGUCGAGACGGCCAUUCGUUUGGAUAAGAAGGAUUUCAUGAACGACAAGGCCGAGCUUGUCAUGCCUGGUUCCGGCAAUCCCGCGAAUGCCACCGUCAGCCCCAUGGCCGAGGUUCUGAAGGAGGCCACUUUAAUGGACGAGGGACAGCGACCGAUAUACCUCGACAUGCAAGCGACGACGCCUGUUGAUCCCAGAGUCCUCGACGCGAUGCUGCCAUAUUUGACCGGCGUCUAUGGCAACCCCCAUUCGCGGACCCAUGCAUACGGCUGGGAAAGCGAGAAAGCUGUCGAAGAGGCGCGUGAGCACAUUGCCAAACUCAUCGGAGCUGACCCCAAGGAGAUCAUAUUCACAAGUGGAGCAACCGAAAGUAAUAAUAUGAGUAUCAAGGGUGUGGCGAGGUUUUUCGGAAGGUCGGGCAAGAAGAAGCACAUCGUGACAACCCAGACGGAGCACAAGUGCGUUCUCGACAGCUGUAGGCAUCUCCAAGAUGAAGGCUUCGAAGUGACAUAUUUACCAGUGCAAAAUGAUGGAUUGGUCAACAUGCAAGAGCUUGAGGCUGCGAUUCGACCGGAAACCGCAAUCGUCAGCAUCAUGUCCGUCAACAACGAGAUCGGUGUGAUCCAGCCUCUGGAAGAGAUUGGAAAGCUCUGCCGUUCCAAGAAGGUCUUCUUCCACACUGAUGCUGCACAAGCAGUCGGAAAGAUCCCCAUGGAUGUCAAUGCCAUGAAUAUCGAUUUGAUGUCCAUUUCGUCGCACAAGAUUUAUGGUCCCAAAGGUAUUGGAGCUUGCUACGUCCGCAGACGCCCAAGAGUCAGAUUGGAUCCCAUCAUCAGCGGUGGGGGACAGGAGCGUGGCCUAAGAAGUGGUACGCUUGCACCACAUUUGGUCGUUGGCUUUGGCGAGGCUUGCCGCAUUGCUUACGAAGAACUCCCCUAUGAUUCGAAGCGCAUCAAGUACCUCUCUGAUCGACUGAUGAAAGGUCUAUUGUCUCUGGAACACACCACACAAAAUGGUGCUCCCGACCACUUCUACCCUGGAUGCGUCAACGUUUCCUUUGCUUACGUUGAAGGCGAAUCCCUUCUCAUGGCUCUCAAGGACAUUGCACUAUCUUCCGGCAGCGCUUGUACAUCGGCCUCGUUGGAACCAAGCUACGUUUUGAGAGCUUUGGGCAACAGCGACGAGAGUGCGCAUAGUAGUAUUCGAUUCGGCAUUGGACGCUUCACAACUGAAGCCGAAAUCGAUUACGUCCUCAAGGCUGUCCAGGAGCGGGUAACAUUCCUUAGGGAGCUGAGUCCCUUAUGGGAAUUGGUGCAAGAAGGCAUCGACUUGAACACCAUUGAGUGGAGCCAGCACUAGUGCUUGUUCACUGUUUGUUAUUGGGAGCGCAUUCCCGUAUUGCAAGUGUCACUUGAAUGCCAACAAUACGGCAGGUUUCUUUCGGGGAUCGAAACGGCAAGUCAUCACUUGGAUGGUGAUGAACAUGCACAACGACGUAGUUGACAAACGUGAUUUGGUUUGGAUUGAUUACGAUCGUUUUCGGGCGCAAAACGGAGGAAACUUCGACCUCCAUUGUACAUUUAUAACAGAGCGGGCAUAUUUUCCUUCUGAUACUCACAUGUUUGAAGGUUGCUAGGCAGGCUGUAGGAGAGCAUCAACAUGAUGUCGGAAUAUGACUCGACUCCAAGGCGUGAUUAUGAGCCUACGUCAUCAAUACCAACGCGCUGUAAUAUAUCUGAACUUGUUAUCCAGCCAAUCAAUGAACAUGAUCU